AGUGGAUGGACUGGCGCGUUUGUUAAAAACAAGCCCGGUAACGUUUACUUAUAGACAGACAGAUGGAUCUUCUGGUCUCUGUUGCGCCGCACGCACCUCGUAAUCCACUUUAAAAGUUUAGUUUUGCCACAAGACAGACGCCGGACAGUUCACAAAAUGGACCUGGCUCCCGUUAUAAAGAAACUAGGACAUUCACUAGUGGAGAUACGUGUCCGCGCAUUAAAAAACAUCCUGAGCAAGCUGGACCAUUCUCUGAUCACGGUCCCUGACAUUGUACAAGAAAGAAAGCUGUUUGUGUGUCUGCUGGAGUGGUUCAAUUUCCCCGAGGUACCCAUGCAAGAGGAGGUCCUUGAGCUGCUUUCGACUCUAUCAAAGCAUCCGAGUGCAGCGCAGAUGCUGAGAGACGUUGAUGCAGUGGACUUUCUUACCCAACUGUCUUCAAAUCUGGAACCCAGACUCCAACCUGUCAUUGAUUCAACCCUGGACCAGCUGUUCCAGCUACCUGAACUAUUCCCUCCUCAUGGAGCAACCCCCUUUCAUGGGCUGCCUGCAGUAUCUGCAACAGAUACAAAUGCGGAAGAUCAGUUUCCUAGUGGUGGAUAUUUCAACAAGAUUAUCUCAGGCCAGACAGAUCUGCCACCAGGAAGGAUAGCAGUGCAUCAGUCUGUGUGGUGCCUGAGGUUCUCAGUUUUCCCAUGGCUGACUUUGACAAACACUGACAGACACAUACUGUCGUCCAAUGAGAAUUCCUUAAGGAGCAGCAAUCCCAACUUGGUAUGGACCACUUGUGAGCUCCUGUGUGAUGUUAUCAUGAAGGACUUUCCUGCUGAGAUUUUCCUGCAAAGGCCCAGCAUUGUUCAGUGCCUGUUUUCACUAUUGCGGCAUGGCUUGGAAAAUGGGGAACCUACUUACCUUCACUUGCAGGCUAUUUCCUGCCUUCGUCAGCUCUGUGCUGGCCUCAGGCAGCGACUGCGCUUCCAUCAAGAUCCAAGUUUCCACUCUACAAAGCAUGACCCAGUUUCCCAGAACUCGUCCCUUUGUCAAUCCCAAGAUGUACGAGGGACAAGACGUUCUCAGACGUCCUCCCCAGGAGCAGCGUGUUCUCCUCGACCUUCUGUUGUGGGUCGUACAUCUCAGAGGGCGAGGGGAGAUGGCCAGGAUGGUGACGCAGGCUCAAGCAGUUCACAGAGAGGUGGCACAUCAGUUCAGGCUGUCAUAGACAGGCCUUCGUCGCCUGCAGAUGUGUUCCAUUUGGAGAUUCCUGACUUGGGUGUGGAGGAUGUUUCUGAGCUGCAGCUGCAGCAGCUCACUUUGCCUCAGUUUGCUGUUGCCACUAUGGAACAUGCCUUACCACUGCUAAAGACAGAUGGCACUCAUGUCUUGCGGCGUGUUCUGGAGCUGUUGUGUGACAGCAUCAUUCUGCUUGGGAACAGUGUCUCUGCGAUGGUCUGGGAUGAUCGGAGUCUAGUGGGGAUGGAACUGAAGGGGAAGCUGCAGGCAUGCUUGGAACAGUUGGGGGACAUCUUGAGCCACCAUCAGAGCCACACUGCAGACGUUUCUGGCGGCUCUCAAAUUCACCAUAGAAUUGCCUACAUGUGCACGGCUGUGCUCACCAUUAAACUGCUGCAAAUCAUCCUCCCUGCAGAGAAGGCGAGUGACAGCCUCCCAGAAAAAACUGCAACUGCCAUAUUCCAUUUAUGCCUGGACAAGUCACUCGGAAGCUUAUUACCCAGCAUUCAAGAGACAGCAGUAGCUUAUUUGGAGCAGGUCAACAUUGACGGACAUGACCUCUACAAGAGAGUGAACUGUGCUGCUCUGUGCAUGGAAUCUACCUGUAUCUUCCUCAAAGAGCUACAGGCUGAGGGACCUAAGAACUGGUUAGAGCUACUGGAGCUGGCAGACCGAGCGAUCGAUGGUCUCCCAUUUCACCAUCACCUGCCCAUCGUCAAGGACUGUGUCCGGCUCUGCUCCGACCUGUGGAAGAUGGACCAGUCGUGUUCAGUUCUUCAGAUGCAAAGUCAGAACCACAUCCUCAAGCUCCUGUCACACCCUCUCCCUGCAGUCAAGACGGAGGCGUACACGUGCAUGUUAAACUUGGUCAAGGACUGCCUUGGUAUUCAUAAUGUGUCUCGACUGGAACCAUGUGUCUUGAGUGAGGUCAACUUCCUGCUACACCACAAAGUGCUCUAUGAAAUCAGUGCUUUUGGACUUCAGGAUUCUUGUGAAAUGGUGAAUACAGCAGCAAAGGACAUCAUGCUUUUCCUGCUCAAAGGGCAAUUGAUAAUGACAACAUCCACCUGGAACAGAUUCACAGAGGCGCUUUACCCUGUCAUCCCCGUGUUGCAGGGUCAUGCUAGUACUGAAGACUCUCUGGGAAAUUGUGUGCUUCUGAUUAGCAGUCCUUCAGAUAUGGUUGGAGACAACAUGUUUCCGGGCACAGCAAAACUCAGAGCAGGACUCAGACUCCUCUUUAGCAAACGUCCCAAUGUGAGAUCUGCUGCAGUGCCACAUAUUUUGCCCCACCUCACCAGCGACGAUGAAGCCAGCAGACCCGACCUGAACCACUCAACGAUCUCUUUUUUGCCCAAUUUGUUCUGCCUCAGAGUUCCAUUAGACGUCAAACUUGAUACAAGCAAGAAGUCUGUUCUUAAGGUGGAGUCUGUGAAGAAGCUCUUUUGUAUUCUGUCCUCAGAAACUGUAGAUAUCAGUCUGAGGAGAUCUUCUGCGGAACAGCUGUCUUUAGUUUUGCAAGACACAACAAUGCACCCGGUUCUGAAGAGUCUCGGAGUAGCAGAGAAAGCAAUUUCCUUCAUCGACGACAGUGUCAAUGGCAGCAGGAGCAUGGACUGCAUGCUGGAGCCCUGUAUAUGUAUUCUAAGGAAGCUGGUGUACGCGGAUCCCGCUCUGAGGCACAGCCUGGCACUGCGCAACCCCUUGCUUCUCCAACUGCUCAGAGCAUCCUUCAUUUUAAAGGAAAUCAAAAGCAGUGGGAGUGAUAUUGCUGUCCUGAUGUGUUUACUGCUGUUUGAUGAAAUUGCAGACAUCAACAUGUGGUCAGAUAAGUGCAGCGGUAAUCCAACAUCAACGUUCUCACUACCACUCUCAGUAAGCCGCAGGUACAACAUACCAUUCCAGGCAGCAAGCCACCAUGCUGUUAGUCCUUACUGCUGCAUCCUGGCGCCUUCUUCUGACCUGCUGACCUUGGCCCCAGCUCGCCAUGCUCUCCAGGUCGCUUGGAACGUGGCAUGGCAUUCUGGGAUGGACAACCUUUUGGACAAGCUGCCGAGCAGCCAUGAUGCCGAGGAAUUUCAUGCAGACCUGCAGCUGUCAGAAGCUCAAGUUCUGUCACUCCGUGCUAUUCACCCUCCAGCUGCGCUGCAGGACUGCGUCCAGACCAUAGUUACUGCUGAGGGACACAGUUCAGUGACCUCUGCCCUGUCCAGGCUCAACCUCUACUUGCUGAUUGACAGGCUGGCUCUUCCUCACGUUCCCACUUUUAGCUACAGAGGAACGCUCCACUCUCUCACUUGGCGAGCUGCAGUUGCGAGGUUCCUGCAGGUGCAUCCAGCUUCUGUGGAAGAUCAGAGAUUGCUGGUGGCUAUUGUUGGGUUUUUGAAUUCGCAUUUCAAACUGACGCACACAAAAUGUACAUCUGACGCAGAAGAUGAUAAUCUGCGCUGGAUCUUGGAGCACCUUCUCAACAAGGAACAUGUUUCCCUUCUUGAUCUCUUUCUUGGUGUGGAGAAGGACCAGUCUGCCCGAAGCCAGGAAGAACUGAAACACCAUGUUGGCCAGAAACUACAGAGAGAGCUGACUUGCUUAUUUAACCAAAUACUGCUCCGGCUCACACACACCACUGACAGGAUUUCUCUGGCGCUGGCUGGUCCCUUUAAGAGCCAGCUGGCAAUGCGUUUGCUUCAGAGCCUUCGGGUGUCUGAUGCGCCGCGUUUCUAUGGCCUUCCCAGCCUUGAGAGGAUACUGCAAGGAAUGGUCAGCCUGACAGCCCAGCCUGGCUGGAGCUUGCAUUGCCCUGAUCAGGAUUCCAAUUCUCUGUGCUCCAUGUUUCUCAGUGGCCUAUUAGAGGUGAUUUCGUCUUUUUAUGUGGAGUGGGGAGGCAACUCUUUGUCUUACAUGGGGAAGGGUGUGACCAAGAACGCUGUCAUCUGCUUGCUCCACUUGUCCCAUGAAAUGAUUGCUCACAAUAAGACAAAAGACUUGAUCACCAAGUGGUCUUUGGGAAACGAGACGGCUACAGAGGAAGCCAGUGUCACUCAGUCGGAUUUGGCCUGGCUGGUUCCUCUUUGGGUGGAUAGAGAUCCAGAGGUGAGGUUUGCCAGUUUGGGAUUAGGUGCAGCUCUUUCCUCAGUGCCUGGCGGGCGUGAAGCUCUGUGUGGAAGCUGUCAGAACAUCAGCGGAGGUCUGUGGGGCAUGUUGCUCAACAUCCUCCUCGAUCAGCAGGAAAGCAGCAUGGUCCGCAGAGAGGCUGCAUUUAUCUUACAGAACUUACUGGUGAUGGCCAUGCCUGCCAACGCGGACGAGGCCAAGGACUCAGACUGGCAGCACCCUUGUGUCCAUGACGAGGUGUCAGGUGUGUCAUUGGUGGGUCUCCCAGCGCUUCAGGCUCUGCUCUACCACUGCAACUAUUUUCAGCAUGUGGCAGUCUGCACCUCCACUUGUUUCAGAGGCAGGUGUAUGUUUCAGCUAGAGCCAUCGGUGAAUGGUGGUCAUCAUCCACCAUGUGAGAACACAUUAGACUCGCUCGUCGGUUGGACACCUCCGGCGCCACCUGACAGCCUGAGCAGACCAGCAAGUUCCAUUUCCACUUCCAGCACUGUGAUAAGAGGGUCACGGUCUCAGACCCCAGCAGCCAUCUCCCCUCUGAACAUCCCAGACUCCAACAGACUCACGGCUCAAGGUCAAAGUGAGACAGACACCAGUGACUCGGUUACUUCCCAAGACUCGAGACAGUGUGAGCUCUCAUCCAUUGACACAGUUGUCAGGGCAACACCUGACCUCUUGUGUGCCCACUGUGCACUGUUGGCUAAUCUGCUUGCCAUCCUGCCGGAUUUCACGCUUGCUGCAAUGAAAGAAAACCAGCUGCUCCACAGACUGGCAAGCUUGGUGGAUACAAGGCUCAUUGAGAAAUGUCUAGGUGAGCUGAGGGAUCCUCACAUCCUGCCAGGAGAUCAUGAAGACAUCAAGUGUCAGGUUAUCUCACUGCUUCAGUUCCAGUCCAGUUUUGCAAAACUGCUUCAGUCGUGUGUCCAUGUGAGUCCAGAUGUGAUGGGCCAGUUGGACAAAGAUCUCAAACACCUGUUGGAUGCUGUGAUAGCGUCGCUCAUGCUGGACUCAAAAGGGCUUGAUGCAAGUAUCCACAACACUGUCUGCGUGUGCUGGGCGGACAUGUUUAUGCUCCUGGCUACUGUAGUGAAGAGAGACAGCGCAGCAGUGUACCCAUCUGUCUCUGCUGCGCUGAGGAGACGCUGGCAGACCUUUGCAGAGACGUUGUCGGUGUGUCUUCGUGAGAAGCCGCAUGAUCUUGUCCUCCUGAAAGCAGCUUUGCUGUUCCUCUCCUCCAUUUUCACUGAGGAGGCGAAGAGGCGUGGCCCAGAGGUUGCCAGCGGGAGUUCGAACUCCAGUGGAUUGUCAGACAUUGUGAACAGCCCUGAGGCUGGUCAGCUGUGUCAGCUCUUGAUGGAGAAUUUUGAGAGAGCAUCUCCUCAGGAGCCGCUGAAGAAGCUGGCAGCUCGAGCCCUCAUGACUCUGCUAGCGUGCAGCCCGAACGCACAGAGCCACGCAGCCAAAGCGGGGUUGAUCGACAGCUGCGUGGAACAACUGAAGCAAACUCACUCUCAGCUUCAGAUGACGUCCGGCAGGGCUGGGAAGGUUUCGCUUCGCAAGAAGGACGAGAGCUAUUUGAAGGAAGUCAAGCUGACUGUGGAGAUCUUGCAGAGUGCCCUUUACUGCAGCGAUGAAUGCAAACUGGUAGCCAGAGACGCUCGCCUGACAGCGUCACUUCACGCUCUUUGGGUUUGGCUGACAUUGGAUGACCCCACCAUGGAGGCGGUUCUGGAGCUUCUGUGCGUGUACACAGCCAACUGCACAGCAGCAUGCAGCUCUCUCUGCGGACUGGGACCCGGUGGUGAGGCUGGAUUAAAAACCCCCUCUGGCACCUCUUUGAUGCACUCAGUCAUGAGACUGGUCACAGCCGUUGCCCCAGACAACAGCACCAUCCAGAAGCUUGGUUUUUCCCUCUUAACCAACCUGGCUAUCUCCCGUGACUGCAGAGGCGUCCUGCAAAAGAAUAAUUUCAUCCACAGCUUUCUGUCGCUGCCGGUGCCCAAGACAGGCGGGGGGAAGGCCUCUCAGGCCUUAGUGGGCCUGUGGCUCAAACUGCUGCUCAGCGUCUCAUUUGCUGAAGACGGACAGCAGAGUAUCCUGAAGGUGACUGGGAUGCUGGAGCUGCUGACUGAUCUGGCGCAACAUCGACAGCAUGCUCUGCUCACGCUGCACAAUCUCUGCUUCUGCCCGGCCAACAAGCCCCACAUCGUCUCCAAUGAUAAAGCUGUGAAGGUGUUUCUGUGCUGCUUGGGAAGUCAAGACGUGGAGACACGCUGCAUAGGAGCGUCGGCACUUUGGGCGCUGCUCCAUAACAACCAGAAGGCAAAGACGACUUUGAAGUGUCCUUCUGUCAGAUUGAAAAUUGAUGAGGCGCGCAGCAACUUCAAGAAGGAGUCCAGGAACAAGGAGGAGCCGAUGAGCGCGCACUUAUCAAAGUGCCUGGAUAACCUCACGCAGCUGUUAAAUCACUGAUGUGUUGAUAGCAAUGUGUUGUACAACUGCUUUGUUUUUUACUUGUGUAAAAUGUAAAGUUAAAAAUACUUUGUCCUACAGUA